CGGAGCUUUCUGGAGUAAGUUGAAUGUGCGUUCUCCUCACUCGCAUCAAAACUGUUACGAUGGGGAAGCUCAGGAAAAACCACUUUGGAAUUUUAACGUUUUCGUUCUUUUUUACUUGUAUCUGCUGUGCGCAAAGCGCCAAAGAUCUGAGGGAUCCCAGUAAUAUGCCGCUGGUUAAAGACACGGUCGACAGACUGAUGAAAGGCUACGACAUUCGGUUGAGGCCAGAUUUUGGAGGUGCGCCGGUGGCAGUGGGGAUGAAUAUAGACAUAGCCAGCAUAGACAUGGUGUCUGAAGUCAAUAUGGACUACACGUUGACCAUGUACUUCCAGCAGGCCUGGCGGGACAAGCGUCUGUCCUACUCUGAGAUAGCCCUCAACCUGACGUUGGAUAACAGGGUAGCCGACUCGCUCUGGGUUCCCGACACCUACUUCCUCAACGAUAAAAAGUCCUUUGUCCACGGCGUCACGGUCAAGAACAGAAUGAUCCGACUGCAUCCGGACGGCACCGUUCUCUAUGGACUCCGGAUCACAACCACAGCAGCCUGUAUGAUGGAUCUGAGGCGGUAUCCUCUGGACGAACAGAACUGCACACUGGAGAUCGAGAGCUAUGGCUACACCACUGAUGACAUUGAGUUCUACUGGCGAGGGGGAGAUGGAGCUGUGUCUGGGGUGGAGAGAAUAGAGCUGCCUCAGUUCUCCAUCGUGGACUACAAGCUGGUCUCCAAGAACGUGGUCUUCUCUACAGGUUCCUAUCCCCGUCUGUCUCUGAGCUUCAAGCUGAAGAGGAACAUCGGCUACUUUAUCCUUCAGACCUACAUGCCCUCUAUCCUGAUCACCAUCCUGUCUUGGGUCUCCUUCUGGAUCAACUAUGAUGCCUCCGCUGCCAGAGUGGCUCUGGGUAUCACCACGGUGUUGACCAUGACCACCAUCAACACCCAUCUGAGAGAGACGCUCCCUAAGAUCCCCUACGUCAAGGCCAUAGACAUGUACCUGAUGGGCUGCUUCGUGUUCGUCUUCCUGGCCCUGCUGGAGUACGCCUUCGUCAACUACAUCUUCUUCGGACGGGGGCCCCAGAGGCAGAAGAGGGCCGCUGAGAAACUAGCCGUCGUCAACAACGAGAAACUCCGACCCGACCCCAAUAAGUGGAUGGUGGGAAAUGUAGUUCAGAGAGAUGAUGCUCUGUAUGCCAGAAUGAAACAGAGGGAAAUUGACGCGUAUGACACGAUGUGGGAUCCCAUCUUUGUGGACGAUGCCGCAUUAGGACUAGGCGAGCAAAGAAAUAAGAUGACCGCCUCCCUGACUGAUGACAACAUCCUGUUUGGUUCCCUGGAGAUGAAGAAUGAGAUGGGGGGUGUUCCUUCUGAGCUGUCCAGGUCCCUGGGCCCUGGGGGUCUUGGUGAUCCCCGCAACACCAUGCUGGCCUACGACAGCUCCACACUGCAGUACCGUAGGGCCGCCAUGGCCCGCCAGAACUACGGCGGCGGACCUCACAGCGCCCUGGAGCGCCACGCCACCCAGAAGAAGUCCCGCCUACGGAGACGGGCCUCGCAGCUCAAGGUCAACAUCCCUGACCUGGCUGAUGUGAACUCUAUCGACAAGUGGUCCAGGAUGAUCUUCCCUACCGUGUUCUCCUUCUUUAACGUGAUCUACUGGCUCUACUACGCUCACUAAGGAGAGAGAGAGAGAGAGAGAGAGAGACAGAGAGAGAGAGAGAGAGAGAGAGAGAGAGAGAGAGAGAGAGAGAGAGAGAGAGACAGAGAGAGACAGAGAGAGAGACAGAGAGAGACAGAGAGAGAGACAGAGAGAGAGAGAGAGAGAGACAGAGAGGCAGAGAGAGAGAGAGAGAGAGAGAGAGAGAGAGAGAGAGACAGAGAGAGAGAGAGAGAGAGACAGAGAGAGACAGAGAGAGAGAGAGAGAGAGAGAGAGAGAGAGACAGAGACAGAGAGACAGAGAGGGAGACAGAGAGAGAGAGAGAGAGAGAGAGAGAGAGAGAGAGAGAGAGAGAGAGAGAGAGAGAGAGAGAGAGAGAGGAAAAAAAAAACAGCGCACCUUUUUUUCUGAUUCAUUUUAAAGAAAUGUGUGAAAUAAAAGAAAAUAAUUUUGUAAGGAAGGAGCGCUACACCCAAACACUUCUUCUACACUCAGCUUCUAUCUGCCAUGACUUGUCUGAUCUGGGAAUAACCUCUAAUGACUGACAGAGGAGAGGAGAGAUUUUAAAAAGACAGACAGACAAACAUUGUGCCUGUUCCCGAAGAAAUGUCAAUAUAUCACUCUAAUAUUUGUCAUUUGUAGCUUAACUCUCUGUGGAUCAAAUAUUUAUGCUUGUGUUUACUUUAAGGAUUUGUUUUGUUUUAGUAUGUGUGUUUCGUUCAUAGCCGAGCUAUCUGCAUCCCAUGAAAGCUUUUCUCAAGGAUUUUAAAUGGGGUUGAUCUUUGACAGAUUAUUUUCCUAUAGUUAUUGUAUAUCAAAAACAUCCUUUUAAAAAGCAUGCUUCUGUUUCAUUUCUGCUGCAUCUUCAUCUUUAACGAUGGAGCACAAAGCAUUUUGUUUUUUAACUAGUUAAGGUUAUUUAUUCUGUGUAGCAGGAAGUGUUGCAGGCACCAAUCCUGCAGCACUCGUUUCACACCCAUAGCUUAGGCUGAGCUUGGGCUUCAUUUGGGGACCAACAACAAUGGGCUACUGUAAGUGAAAGUACCACAGCUGGUAGAUAGGGAGCACUCUUCUCUAUGUACAUUCCAAUGGGUCUUCAGUGCAGCCAUUUCUGUCCUGCCAUUUUGUGGGUUCGUGACCUUUAACCUAGAGGUCAUGACCCAUCAUCCAUUCUGGCCAUUGAAGUUCCCAUGAAGGUUUCAUAUGUAAAAGUAUAGUAAGACGGUGGAUCUUGAAGCUCUGACCUGCCAAGUGUUUUUGACCUGACUUUGUAGUACUUCUCAGAAUCUAGUAGUCCAUCACAUCAAACUGCCCUGGUUUAAAAGAGAGAGACAGUACUGUGUAACCCUUGCCUCUGCAUUGCCAGUGUGGGCGGCAUCAAGGGGAGAUAGGUUUGCUUUAUUUAUUUAUUACCCAGGGGGGUGCUUAUUUACAUUGCUGAUGGACAUCAAGAGAGCUAAGCCCAUCUUUCAUUGCAAUGAAAGUUGCUGCAUAAAUCUAGUUAAUCCAGAAUCAUAUCAAUAGUUUAUUGGUUCUAGAACUUUGACACGUUCCAUUGUGAUUAGGUUUUAUGUUUUUGUUUUGAUGAAUUGUAGAUAUAAGGUUUUAAAUAUCAUGUUGAAAAGGACAAGGUCCAUUUUUAUAAACUAAAUAUUCAUGAAAAACCAGAUGUAUAAAAAUGAUGAAUGAAUUAUAUUAUUUAAACGGGUCAGUUGUUUUUUUUGUUUUUUUGCAGUCUAACUAACUAACAGGUAAAAUGUCCCGUGGCCAGAUAUCACAAAUGAAAAAGGCUUAAAUUCAUUGCAGAAAAAUAAGAAUGUAAUUUUUCCGGACCCUGUACUUUGAGUUUCUUCUUUUAGUUUUCUAUUUUUUUUCCCAUUUCUUUCUAGUGGACUUUUCAAAGCAGCUACUUGUCGGCGAGGAAACUAAAGCUCUACCACUACCUACCAACUACCAGACUCUAAUAAAACAUCAGUCUUUUUAUGCAUGGGUCAAAACCAUUUUUUUCUCUCCAGAAAUGAUUGUGACAGGACCCGAGAUGAAUCAACCACGUUGCCAUGACGCAUCAGGCAUAUUUUGUACAAAGUUCCUGUAAAUUCCAAUUGUAAUAUUUCAUAAUAAUGACUAAUGUAAAUAACUUGUGUAUUGAUUGUCAGCCAUUAUGAAGAUGUAUCUAAAUUCAAUUAAAACUUAAUUCAGCCUA